GAUCUGUAAGAUCACCCUCCGCACCAAUUAUGGUGACGAAGUAAGCAGAAGCUCCUCUUCCAUAAUGGCAGCCUCUAAGAUCACCCUCCUCACCAUCUUCUCCAUCUUGACAAUACUUUCCCCAGUCUCCCAAGCUAAACCAGUAGGAUUCCAACGAAUCAAGCAGCAGCAGAAGGCACAAGGCAUACGCACAGGCACUGAACCCUUCGUGGGUGUGAACAUUGGUACUGAUGUUUCAAAUCUACUGUCACCUUCAGCCAUUGUAUCUUUCCUCCAACUCCAAAAGAUCAGCCACGUCCGCCUCUACGAUGCCUACCCUGACCUCCUCAAGGCUCUGGCUCGCACCAGCAUCCGCGUUAUCAUCAGCAUCCCCAACGAUCAGCUCCUCGCCAUUGGUUCCUCCAAUGCCACCGCCGCCGCCUGGGUCCGCCGAAAUGUUGUCAGUUUCUUUCCAGAUACCAUCAUCACCGCCAUUGCUGUCGGCGACGAGGUCUUGACCACCGUGCCCUCCUCAUCUCCUCUCUUUCUUCCGGCCAUAGAGUCCCUCUACAGCGCUUUAGUUGCGGCAAACCUUCACAACAGGAUCAAGAUUUCGAGCCCACACGCCGCUUCAAUAGUUCUUGAUCCUUUCCCACCUUCGCAAGCUUUUUUUAACCAGAGCUUGAGAUCUGCUAUCCUUCCUCUGCUUCAGUUCCUUUCAAGAACUGGGUCCCCUUUGAUGAUGAACCUUUACCCUUACUAUGUGUUUAUGCAGAACAAAGGUUUGGUUCCACUGGACAAUUCUCUGUUUAAACCCUUGACACCCGCUAAAGAAAUGGUUGAUCCAAAUACUCUGCUUCAUUAUACCAACGUGUUGGAUGCCAUGAUUGACGCGACCUAUUUCUCAAUGAAGAACCUCAAUGUCACUGACGUUCAGGUCCUAGUCUCCGAGAGUGGUUGGCCUUCAAAGGGUGAUUCUAAAGAACCUUAUGCCACAGUUGAGAAUGCUGAUACAUAUAAUUCGAACCUGAUCAGGCAUAUUCUUGACCGUAAAGGAACCCCUUUGCACCCGGAGAUCACUUCCAGUGUGUAUAUAUACGAGUUGUUCAAUGAAGACCUGAGGUCCCCGCCGGUUUCGGAGGCGAAUUGGGGGUUGUUUUAUGCGAAUUCCACCCCGGUGUACUUGCUGCACGUUUCGGGAAGUGGGUCCUUUCUGUCCAACGACAUGACGAACCAGACAUACUGUGUGGCAAUGGAUGGAAUGGAGCCGAAGACGUUGCAGGCGGCGUUGGAUUGGGCUUGCGGACCGGGGCAGGCCAAUUGCUCGGAGAUUCAGCCAGGGGAGGAUUGCUACCAGCCUAACACUGUAAAGGGUCACGCUUCUUAUGCGUUUGAUAGCUAUUAUCAGAUGGAAGGGAAGUCCGCUGGUUCUUGUGACUUCAAGGGUGUGGCCAUGAUCACCACCACUGACCCAAGUCACGGGGGCUGUAUAUUUCCAGGAAGUAAGAAGGUAGCCAACAAGAAAAGACAGGUGGUGAACUGGACACAAGUAAGUGGUGCAGCAGACAGUCUGAGAUUCGUCCCCUUCUGCAUCUGGCGAACAAGGGGUGUUCUUUUAUACACAGCUUUCAGUAUUUUGUUGUAUAUUCCUUUAAUGACUCCAUUUUGAGUUAGGAAACAAAACAUAAUUUGUAAUUUGUUUUUUUUUAAUUUGGAAUAAGUCUGUUCUUGAUCC